GGCCAUGGAGGAAGAAGAGGAAGGGUGGAAGGGAAACAAGGAGGGCAGAAGAGUCCAUUUUAAAGUGACCCGCGGUGCACAAGAGUUACGUCUAGCAAACGCAUGGAACAGAUGUGUCGGGAGAGUAGAAGUUUUCUAUCAAGGAAUUUGGGGGACAGUUUGUGAUGACCACUUUGAUAUGAACAAUGCACGUGUAGUGUGCAGACAACUUGGAUGUGGCGAGCCAACAACUGUGUAUGGAUGGGCUUAUUUUGGCCAAGGCUCAGGAGAUAUAAUCCUAGAUGAUGUGAACUGCACAGGAAGUGAAUCCUUCCUCUGGGACUGUAGGCAUGCUGGCUGGUUUGUGAGUAACUGUGGACACAAUGAAGAUGUCAGUGUCGUCUGCUCAGAUGCUGGAUUUCCUACUUCUCCAACAACAGGCUCAGCCAAUACAGAAACCUCUAGUCCAGUCUCAUUUCUCACAUCUAAUGAAGCCUCUACAAAAGAAGCCACUUCCACAGCAAGUCAAAAAGAAACGAUUUUCACAACCGAAGUACCAGCCACAUCUCAAGGAGAUGCCCAAUUAUCUGAAGUUACCCCUACUUUGGGCAAGACUGAAGAAAGCUCUACUUCCAAGGUGCCACCCACAUCUAAUGGAGCACUGAGACUGGCAAAUGGACAGAACAGCUGUGAAGGCCGUGUUGAAAUCUAUUACAAUGGAAGCUGGGGGACCGUGUGCGAUGAUUCAUGGGGCAUCGACGAUGGCAAAGUUGUGUGCAGACAACUUGGAUGUGGAGAGGUUAUUGCAGCUCCAAUGGGUGCCCAGUUUGGUCAAGGUUCUGGCAGCAUCUUUCUGAAUGAAGUCCAGUGCAAAGGGAAUGAAUCAGCUCUUGAACAGUGCUCUCACCUUGGAUGGGGAAUCCAUGAUUGUAGCCAUAAGGAAGAUGCCAGUGUUAUCUGCUCAGGUAACAUUAUCGCACUGAGACUGGCAAAUGGACAGAACAGCUGUGAAGGCCGUGUUGAAAUCUAUUACAAUGGACGCUGGGGGACCGUAUGCGAUGAUUCAUGGGGCAUCGACGAUGGCAAAGUUGUGUGCAGACAACUUGGAUGCGGAGAGGUUAUUGCAGCUCCAAUGGGUGCCCAGUUUGGUCAAGGUUCUGGCAGCAUCUUUCUGAAUGAAGUCCAGUGCAAAGGGAAUGAAUCAGCUCUUGAACAGUGCUCUCACCUUGGAUGGGGAAUCCAUGAUUGUAGCCAUAAGGAAGAUGCCAGUGCUAUCUGCUCAGACCCUCCAACAACUACACAAACACCAAUUACAACAGCCUCUACAAAAGAAGCCACUUCCACAGCAAGUCAGAAAGAAACAACAGAAGUACCAGCCACAUCUCAAGGAGAUGCCCAAUCAUCUGAAGUUACCCCUACAGUGGGCAAGACUGAAGAAAGCUCUACUUCCAAGGUGCCACCCACAUCUAAUGGAGCACUGAGACUGGCAAAUGGACAGAACAGCUGUGAAGGCCGUGUUGAAAUCUAUUACAAUGGACGCUGGGGGACCGUGUGCGAUGAUUCAUGGGGCAUCGACGAUGGCAAAGUUGUGUGCAGACAACUUGGAUGUGGAGAGGUUAUUGCAGCUCCAAUGGGUGCCCAGUUUGGUCAAGGUUCUGGCAGCAUCUUUCUGAAUGAAGUCCAGUGCAAAGGGAAUGAAUCAGCUCUUGAACAGUGCUCUCACCUUGGAUGGGGAAUCCAUGAUUGUAGCCAUAAGGAAGAUGCCAGUGUUAUCUGCUCAGACCCUCCAACAACGACACAAACACCAAUUACAACAGCUUCUACAAAAGAAGCCAUUAGAACCACUUCCACAGCAAGUCAGAAAGAAACAAUUUUCACAACCGAAGUUCCAGCCACAUCUCAAGGAGAUGCCCAAUUAUCUGAAGUUACCCCUACAGUGGGCAAGACUGAAGAAAGCUCUACUUCCAAGGUGCCACCCACAUCUAAUGGAGCACUGAGACUGGCAAAUGGACAGAACAGCUGUGAAGGCCGUGUUGAAAUCUAUUACAAUGGACGCUGGGGGACCGUGUGCGAUGAUUCAUGGGGCAUCAACGAUGGCAAAGUUGUGUGCAGACAACUUGGAUGUGGAGAGGUUAUUGCAGCUCCAAUGGGUGCCCAGUUUGGUCAAGGUUCUGGCAGCAUCUUUCUGAAUGAAGUCCAGUGCAAAGGGAAUGAAUCAGCUCUUGAACAGUGCUCUCACCUUGGAUGGGGAAUCCAUGAUUGUAGCCAUAAGGAAGAUGCCAGUGUUAUCUGCUCAGACCCUCCAACAACGACACAAACACCAAUUACAACAGAAACUCCUCUACCCUCCACAGAGAAGAGUAUUACAACUGAGUAUUUGACAUCAGGAACAACAGUGGAAUCUUUGACCGUAAGACUGGUGAAUGGAGAGAACAGAUGUCAGGGUCGACUUGAAGUCUAUCAUAAUGGCAGCUGGGGCACAGUCUGUGACGAUGCUUGGGACAUGAAUGACGCCCAGGUUGCAUGCAGGGCAGCCCAGUGUGGAGAAGCCAUUUCAGCCCCUACUGGUGCCCACUUUGGUGCAGGUUCCGGCAACAUCCACCUGGAUGAAGUGAAUUGCCAAGGGAAUGAAUCAUCUCUUGAAGAGUGCUCCCAUGACGGAUGGGGAGUCAACAAUUGUGGCCAUAAGGAAGAUGCCAGUGCCAUCUGCUCAGAGCAUUCAACAACAGGAACAACAGAGUAUUCAACAUCUGGCACAACGGCGGAAUCUUUGACCGUAAGACUGGUGAAUGGAGAGAACAGAUGUCAGGGUCGACUUGAAGUCUAUCAUAAUGGCAGCUGGGGCACAGUCUGUGAUGAUGCUUGGGACAUGAAUGAUGCCCAGGUUGUGUGCAGGGCAGCCCAGUGUGGAGAAGCCAUUUCAGCCCCUACCGGUGCGCACUUUGGUGUAGGUUCUGGCAACAUCCACCUGGAUGAAGUGAAUUGCCAAGGGAGUGAAUCGUCUCUUGAAGAGUGUUCCCAUGACGGAUGGGGAGUCAACAAUUGUGGCCAUAAGGAAGAUGCCAGUGUCAUCUGCUCAGAGCAUUUAACAUCAGGAACAACAGAGUAUUCAACAUCUGGCACAACAGCAGAAUCUUUGACUGUAAGACUGGUGAAUGGAGAGAACAGAUGUCAGGGUCGACUUGAAGUCUAUCAUAAUGGCAGCUGGGGCACAGUCUGUGAUGAUGCUUGGGACAUGAAUGACGCCCAAGUUGCAUGCACGGCAGCCGGGUGCGGAGACGCCAUUUCAGCCCCUACUGGUGCCCACUUUGGUGCAGGUUCCGGCAACAUCCACCUGGAUGAAGUGAAUUGCCAAGGGAAUGAAUCAUCUUUUGAAGAGUGCUCCCAUGACGGAUGGGGAAUCAACAACUGUGGCCAUAAAGAAGAUGCCAGUGUCAUCUGCUCAGAGUAUUCAUCAACAUCAGGAACAACAGAGUAUUCAACAUCAGGAACAACGGUGGAAUCUUUGACCAUAAGACUGGUGAAUGGAGAGAACAGAUGUCAGGGUCGACUUGAAGUCUAUCAUAAUGGCAGCUGGGGCACAGUCUGUGACGAUGCUUGGGACAUGAAUGACGCCCAGGUUGCGUGCAGGGCAGCUGGGUGCGGAGAUGCCAUUUCAGCCCCUACUGGUGCCCACUUUGGUCCAGGCUCUGGCAACAUCCAGCUGGAUGAAGUAAAUUGCCAAGGGAAUGAAUCUUCUCUUGAAGAGUGUUCCCAUGACGGAUGGGGAGUCAACAAUUGUGGCCAUAAGGAAGAUGCCAGUGUCAUCUGCUCAGCUUCUGCAGGAAACAUAAAACCAGAAUCCACAGUAACUCUUUCCUGUUUGCCGGAAUCCAUGCAGGCAACUAUUACGAAAAAAUAUCUGAUUUCAAAGGGUUGUUCUUCAUGGGGUAGUCUGCACUUGAAUGACAAAGCCUGCAAGCCUCAUAUUACAAGUGAACAUGUGACAUUCUUGAUACCAUAUAAUGGUUGUGGGACAAGACGGGAGAGUAAUAGACGGACAAACACCUUCUCCAAUGCUGUUAGCAGCUCUGAGGGCGGCGUUAGAAGAAAAACAAAACCUCAGUUUCUCUUCACUUGCGAAAUGGAUACAAGGUCAAAGGAAGAAGUAACACACCAUGUAGAUGAAUUUGAAUCCACAGAAGACAGCCAAAAGCAAAAUGGACAAUUUCAAGUUCAAUUUUUAUUUUUUGACUCUCCUACAUUUUUGCACCCAUUGAAUAACAUGCCCUACUUUGCAAGUCUGAAUCAGGACUUGCUUAUCAAAGCCACUCUCCAUAGCUAUAAUAAAAACCUGGUGUUGUUCAUAGACACUUGUGUGGCUUCACCCAUCGUUAACGACUUUGAAUCUGAGAGCCAUGUCUUAAUUAAGAAAGGGUGCAUACAAGAUACUAAAGCUGUCAGUUUGCUUUCACAAAAUGGGAAAGUCAGCCAGAUCAAAUUCAAACCCUUCCAGUUUGCCCACAGACCAAAUGCGAAAAUUUACCUGCAAUGCAAAAUGGUGGUGUGUCGUAAGAAUGACUAUGCUUCUCGAUGCUACCAAGGCUGCCAGUCUAGAAGGUGGAAUUCUGAAGACAGCAAUAGGUAUCAGUUCAGGCAGAGCCUUUGCUCAGAGAGGAGCUCUGUUUGCGAGCUCCUCUCUCCCUCUUCAAUUAAGGACUUUUUUCGCCCAACUGACACGGGCCGGGCAGAUACUAAAUGUGGUGCAAGUCUACAAAACACCUAUAAAGCAUUGCCAAUUGCUAUCAAUGCAAAUGAGAAUUGCAUCUGGCAAAUAGAGAGAGAGACAACUUCAAAUGAAACGAUCCGGCUCGUCUUCUCUUACUUCCAAUUUAGGCCCACAUCGAACUGUGAAAGUGAAAAUAUUGAAGUAUAUGAUGGCCCUUCAACUGGUGCACCUCUUCUGGGGCGUGUAUGCAAUAACCAUAACUCUGUUCCAGUGUUUCACUCAUCCUCUAGUAGCUUAACAUUUCGCAUAGUAACAGACACCACAGAUUUCACACGCAACAUUUUUGCAUUUUAUUACUUCAUUUCACCAGAGUCAGCUACCAUUGCAAACUGUGGGGGUCUUCUUAAUAGUCCACAAGGAUCAUUCACCAGCCCCAACUACCCCAGACCACACCCAGAAUUUGCAUACUGUGUCUGGCACAUAGAAACAGAAGCAAACUCCAUGAUAAACCUGACCUUCAGUGAAAUUUUCCUAGAAAUAGAUGACAACUGCAGAUUUGAUUUUCUUGCCAUCUAUGAUGGUGCAACAACGGACUCCGGUUUAAUUAAACAAGUGUGUGGCCGUAUCACCCCAACAUUUCUGUCUUCUUCUAAUAAGAUGACUGUUGUGCUAUCUACGGAUUAUGCCAAUUCGUACAGGGGCUUUUCUGCUCGCUACACAAGCAUACCAAUACCAGCACCAGAGUUCAACGUAUCCCUCAGUUGUUCUUCAGACAUGAUGACAGCUAUUCUCAGCAAUUCUUAUUUGGAUUCCCUCGGUUAUAAUGAAGAUGACUUGACGCUGAACGACCCAACUUGCAGACCUACUGCAUUAAACCCAGUUACAUUUUCUUUUCCAUUGAACAGCUGCGGAACAGUUAAAACGGGAGAAGAUCACAGCAUCUCUUAUAGCAACACCAUCACUGCCUCUCCAGAUGGAGCGGUAAUCACCCGUCAAAAACAUGUUGAGAUUAAUGUGAACUGUAUAAUGGAAAACAAUUCAACUGUAGAAGUCAUGUAUAUAACGGAAAGUGCGGUUAUACAUAACACAAGUUCUCUGGGGAGAUACAACCUCAGCAUGUCCUUUUAUGAGACCGAUUUGUUUUCCACACCAAUAGUUGAUUCUCCAUACUUUGUAGACUUGAACCAAACUCUUUAUGCACAAGUCAGCCUGCAUUCCUCUGAUGAGAAUUUGUUAGUGUUUGUGGAUACCUGUACAGCAUCACCACACCCUGUUUCUGGAUCACCAAAAUAUGAUUUAGUGAGAAGUGGAUGCCCUAAAGAUGACACCUAUGGUGCUUAUCCCAUCCUUGAACAUUAUGGGAGGUUCAGGUUCAAUUCCUUCAAAUUUCUGCGGAGUCACCCAUCUGUUUAUCUCCAUUGUGAAGUUCUAAUUUGUGACAGUAUUGAUUCUAAUUCUCGCUGCACCAAAGGCUGUAUAUCUCGGCAUAAGAGGGAGAUUUCUUCCUACAAAUGGAAAGGGGAAGUAAUGGUGGGACCUAUCCGCCUGAAAACAGACCAUGGUUCUAUGGAUCGCUCCGAUUCUUCUAUUCAAGUUUACCCUGAAGAAAAUGAGAACAUACAAGCCAAGGGCCUGUAUACCCUUACUUUUGUGGUGCUGGCUGCAAAUGCUGUCCUCCUGAUUGGUCUGGCAGCAAAGCAUUUCAUCAGUCGACAACCAGGAUACAGAUACCAGAAGAUGCAGAACUAUUAACAGGGAAUUCUAGUUAGCCGAUUUAAUUUGAACCCUAAAUUUAUGUAGAAAUGCAUUGGAAGAUUGUGUUUGCAUGAAUCUUUCCUUAAAAUGUUUCUUAUUUCAAAAAACAAAACAAAAAAACCCAGCUGCACUGUAGAAACAUGAUGAAGAGAUGUUGGCUGCAACCAAGUUAGAUGAAAAUUGAAUCUACUGGGAAAGGCAGAUGGCCCAGAGCCUUUGACUUGUUUGGAAGAGCACCACACGCAUUUAUGCAUGGACACCACAAGUGCUUUUUGAUUGUACUUUGUUUUCUAAGCAGUAUGAGAAUUCAUUAACGUGACAAAGAACUAAACUUUUUCCUGUGUCAGAAAUCCUGUCAAAAACUACAGGAACUCAGAUAACCCGAUGAAUAAUAGUCAUUCUGCAACAAGAUCUUCAAACUUACAAGGCAUAUUGUGAUUUUCAGAUAAACUAUAAAAGUCGAUACAAAACAAGAACUGGGAGAGAUCAACAGAACUGUCUAGUCAUAUUAUACAGCAGACCAGAAGAGUUGUAAAGUGUCACUGAAUAACAUCCAUUCCACCUGCACUCUCCACAAUAUUACAUUUCUGCACUUCUCAAAAGAUACUAAGUCCUUAAAUAACAAAAAUAAGUGAAUGAAAUUAAUUUAAUUCUAAUCUGCUUGUUGCACUACACUACAUUAAAUUUAGCAUUAUACUUUAUUUACAAAUAAGCAACCAGUUAGUAAAGCUGCACAUAACUUUAUUUAGAGUUUAUCUCCCAUAGUUCAAUAUGAGGUUUACAAACAUCCAAAAAAGUAAUUUUUUGAACUGUUAAUGAAUAAAUAAGCCAUAGGUAGAUGUAGAAAUGUUCUCUGAACUGUAAAAAAUAUUGUGUGGAUCCCACCCCCUCCCCA